GACCCCCGGGCACCCUCAUGCCCCCCCUCGCAGGUCGUCCCCAUGCUUCCGAUGACUCCCCCCAUCUUUCUUCCCGUAAUUAGCUACUGCCUAGGUACUCGUACUUACCUAGUACCUUCUGUUAGUUACGAAGUAUCCCUCCCACUCAGGCAAGUCCCAAGUGCCUGCCUAGUCUCAAGUAAGCAAGUAAGACGAAAAGAACCCUGCAUCCUCACCUCACAUCACAACCGGGUAUCCCCCAAACCCAACCCAACCCAACAACGGCCGCAUAAGCCACCGUGUAACGCAUCCGGCAUGUCAUCUGACACGAGGAGCUUUUCGUUGAACAAGAUUUGUAUGUACGGAGUACCUAUCUACCUCCCUAUAUGGCAUGCUGGGGCAUCGUAGUACAGAUUCGGACACUCCAGUCCGUACUUAGGGUACUUCCUUCCUUCCUUUUCAUAUGU